AUGUUCGCCCUCCGUCGCGCCCCCACCUCUCCUUCGAACCGCCGCCUCCUGAGCACGCUUGCAGUGCUCGAGCACCGCGGCGGGCAGAUAUCAGCGUCGUCGUUACCAGCGCUCACCGCGGCGAGCAAGCUCGGCGGCCCCGUGACCGCAUUCGUCGCCGGGACGGACUCGGCCGCGAUCGCGGCGCUGGCGGCGAAGCUCACGGGGGUGCAGAAGGUCCUCCACGUCGAGAACGCGAAGUACGAUAAGGGAAUGCCGGAGAACUUUGCGCCGCUGCUGGUGGCCAAUGUGAAGGCGGGCGGGUUCACGCACGUGGUCGGCGCGCACUCGGCGUUCGGAAAGAAUAUUCUCCCGCGCGUCGCCGCGCUGCUGGACGUGCAGGCGGUUUCGGAUAUCACGGGGAUCGUGGACGCGAACACGUUCGUGCGCCCCAUCUACGCCGGUAACGCUAUCGCUACCGUCAAGUCCGCACAGGCGGUCAACGUGAUCACCGUGCGGGGGACGGCGUUCCCGGCUGCGACGGAAGAGGGAGCCUCGGCGGCGGAGGUUGCGAAAGCGCCCGAGGACCCGGAUACGGAAAUGCUCACGGAGUGGGUCGGGGAAAAUCUGGCGACAAGUGAGAGGCCGGAUUUGAGCACCGCCACGAAGGUCGUCUCCGGUGGACGCGGGCUGAAGGAUCGCGAGAACUUUGAGAAGUACAUGCAGCCCCUGGCCGAUGCCCUGGGUGCCGCGAUUGGUGCUAGUCGGGCUGCUGUCGAUGCGGGCUUUGCGGAUAAUAGCUUGCAGGUGGGCCAGACAGGAAAGGUUGUGGCGCCCCAGCUGUACAUGGCUGUCGGCAUCAGCGGGGCUAUUCAGCAUUUGGCGGGAAUGAAGGAUAGCAAGGUCAUUGCGGCGAUCAAUAAGGAUGCCGAUGCGCCUAUCUUCCAGGUGGCGGAUGUGGGAUUGGUUGCAGACCUGUUCCAGGCGGUGCCCGAGCUGACGGAGAAGCUGAAGGAGUAG